UUCAGCGCUGCCUGUGACACAGCUGAACUUUACACACAGAAACACACACACAUACACACACACACACACACACACACAGAGAGAGAGAGAGAGAGAGAGAGAGAGGAUCGGGGCUGUGAUGUGUUUAAACUAAGUCUGGGUGUAGUAUAGGUGUGUGUGUGCAGUAUGGGGUGUGUGUGGGCAGUGGUGAUUCCUGCACUGCAGUUCUUCUUCAUGGCACUGCUGCUGCUCCUCAUGCUACCGGCCAUGUUCGGCCUCUCACUCGGCAUCACAGAGACCUACAUGAAGAUCCUCAUCAAAACACUGGAGUGGGCAACACUGAAGAUUCAGAAGAGCAAGAGAGAGGAGAUGCUGAAACACUCUACAUCUUAUGGUCUGAUCCAGCGAGAUGACUGGUCCUUGGAAAAGGAGAUCGGGGAGCUGCGACGCAAUAGGCCGAGGUCAGGGGUGGGUGGGGCUUUUGCCUUUAGUGACGUGUUCUACUUCAGUAAGAAGGGGAUUGAGAGCAUUGUGGAGGAUGAGGUGACUCAGAGGUUCAGCUCUGAGGAACUAGAGUCCUGGAACCUGCUCACGAGAACCAACAACAACUUCCACUACAUAUCACUGCGCCUCACUGUGCUGUGGGGGGUCGGGGUCAUCGUCCGCUACGGCAUCCUGCUGCCUCUCAGGAUCAUGUUAGCGUGUAUCGGCCUCAGCUGGCUGGUCAUUGGCACCACUGUGGUGGGAUUUCUCCCCAACUGCAGGAUAAAGGACUGGCUCAGUGAACUUGUACACGUUAUGUGUUACCGCAUCUGUGCUCGAGGCCUUUCAGCCACCAUUCACUACCACAACAGAGAGAACAAGCCGAGGAAGGGAGGAAUCUGUGUAGCCAAUCACACGUCUCCCAUCGACGUGGUGAUUCUGGCCAACGAUGGAGGAUACGCCAUGGUAGGGCAGGUCCAUGGGGGUUUGAUGGGUGUGGUUCAGCGAGCGAUGGUUCGAGCAUGUCCACACAUCUGGUUUGAGAGAGCAGAGAUGAAAGAUCGCCACCUGGUGACACAGAGAUUGAGGGAUCACGUGAAUGACAAGAACAAACUCCCUAUCCUUAUUUUCCCUGAGGGAACCUGCAUCAAUAACACAUCUGUUAUGAUGUUCAAGAAGGGGAGUUUUGAAAUCGGAGGUACCAUCUAUCCUGUAGCCAUAAAGUACGACCCACGGUUCGGUGAUGCGUUCUGGAACAGUGGGAAGUACAGCAUGGUGAGUUACCUGCUGAGGAUGAUGACGAGCUGGGCCAUCGUCUGUAACGUCUGGUACCUAGCACCCGUGACCCAGCAGGAAGGAGAGGAUGCUGUGCGGUUUGCUAACAGGGUGAAGUCUCUGAUUGCGAGACAGGGAGGACUGGUGGACUUGUCCUGGGACGGUGGUUUAAAGAGAGCCAAAGUAAAAGACUCGUUUAAGCAGGAGCAGCAGAGGAUGUACAGCAGCAUGGUGGCCGGAGACGACUGCAGCGAGUAAACACUGAAAUCAGCCAAUCACAGAGCUCCAAAUCACCAAACCUUCCAGUCAGACACUCAGAGACUUUAACUGACCAUUCAGAUCAGUUAAUAAGAUCCUAAUGUCAUUAAACACAUUGAGCGGUUCCUCGUUGCUGGAUGCAGACUGAAUGACUUAUAGGUCAUGGAAUGAUCUGGUUUAAUCUCAGGUGCAGCUUUUCCCUCUCUCCAGAACAUCACUGAAAUUCGAGAUCUUUACGUGCAGAAACAAAUCCUUUCUGCUGACAAUGCAGGUCUAGCCUAUUAAAAAGGGCCCUGGUGUUCUUUCUUCUGAAUUAUUAAUACCAAAUGCUGGUCUUUAAUUUUACUGAAUAAAUGUACUAUAUCUCAAUCUAAUAAAAGUCUUUAUUCAACAUCA